UGGUUUCCUGCUGGAUGACUGUCACCACCGACUUCCUCUCAGAAGAAUAUUGUCUUCAACUGGACCUCCAGACGCUUCAAGAUGCCGCUGUCCCGUUCCUUGUCCAUGACGUCACUCAGCGGAGUUCUGCCGCAGUGGGAGGGCGAGGACCUGCCGGUGGAUGACCUCUUGUUCUUUGAGGUGGCCUGGGAAAUUACUAAUAAAGUUGGUGGCAUCUACACAGUGAUUCAGACCAAGGCCAAGAUAACAGUGGAUGAAUGGGCUGACAAUUACUAUAUGAUGGGGCCGUACUUUGAGCACAACGUCAAGAUGCAGGUGGAGGAAUGUGAGCCACCCAACCCUGCUGUCAGGAAGGCCAUGGAUGCUCUCAUUAGCAACGGCUGCCAGGUUCACUUCGGUCGCUGGCUGAUCGACGGCAGCCCCAGUGUCAUCCUGUUUGACAUCGGCACAGCUGCCUGGAAUCUGGACCGCUGGAAGGGCGAUCUCUGGGACACCUGCAACAUCGGCCUGCCUUACCACGACCGAGAGGCCAACGACACCCUCAUCCUUGGGUCCUUGAUUGCUUGGUUCUUCAAAGAGUUAACUGACAACCUUGGAGACAGGCCCAAUGUCAUCAGUCAUUUCCAUGAGUGGCAAGCGGGACCAGGGCUCAUUCUUUCUCGUUCACGCAAAAUACCGAUGGCAACAGUGUUCACGACGCACGCCACCCUGCUGGGACGAUACCUCUGUGCCGGAAAGGUCGACUUCUACAACAACCUGGACAAGUUUGACCUUGACAAGGAGGCGGGCGACAGACAGAUCUACCAUCGAUACUGCCUGGAGAGAGCAGCGGUGCACUGCGCUCACGUCUUCACAACAGUCUCCAAGAUCACUGCUGUCGAAGCCAAUCACAUGGUGCACAGGAAGCCAGAUGUGGUGACACCAAAUGGACUCAAUGUGAAGAAGUUCUCAGCCAUGCAUGAGUUCCAAAACCUGCACGCCACCAGCAAGACUCGCAUCCAGGAAUUCAUCAGAGGACACUUUUACGGCCAUCUGGAUUUCAAACUGGAGAAAACCCUGUUCUUCUUCAUCGCUGGACGCUAUGAGUUCUCCAAUAAAGGCGCUGAUAUUUUCCUGGAAGCACUAGUCAGACUUAACUAUCUGCUUCGGAUGCACCGGAGCGAUUUGACGGUGGUCGUUUUCUUCAUCAUGCCGGCUAAAACCAACAACUUCAAUGUGGAGUCAUUGAAGGGGCAGGCAGUACGCAAACAACUCUGGGAUACAGCACAUAUUGUGAAGGAAAAGUUUGGAACAAAGCUCUAUGACGCUCUAUUAAAAGGACAGAUCCCCAACAUGAACACGAUUUUAGACAAAGAUGACCUCACCAUCAUGAAGAGAGCCAUCUUCGCCACACAGAGACACGGCCUCCCACCGGUGACCACACACAACAUGCUGGACGAUGGAGUAGAUCCCAUCCUAAAUAACGUCCGACGCGUUGGCCUCUUCAACUCCAGGGAUGACCGAGUUAAGAUUAUCUUUCACCCAGAGUUCCUGUCCUCCACCAGUCCCCUGCUGCCCAUGGACUAUGAGGAGUUUGUCAGAGGGUGUCACCUUGGGGUGUUUCCGUCCUAUUACGAGCCAUGGGGAUACACGCCAGCUGAAUGCACAGUGAUGGGCAUUCCCAGCGUGACCACCAACCUGUCCGGUUUUGGCUGUUUCAUGGAGGAACAUGUUUCAGAUCCUGCUGCCUAUGGGAUUUACAUCGUGGACCGGCGCUUCCGCUCGCCAGAGGAAUCCUGCACUCAGCUUACCCAGUUCAUGUUUAAAUUCUGCCAGCAGUCUCGCCGGCAACGGAUCAUCCAACGAAACCGAACUGAGAGGCUGUCAGACCUGCUGGACUGGAGAUACCUGGGACGGUUCUAUGUGCACGCCCGCUACCUUGCCCUGGGCAGAGCAUUCCCUGACAAGUUCAAGAUUGAUCUUGCAAUCAAGCCUAAGACGGAGGGUUUUCAUUACCCACGACCGUACUCCGUGCCCCCCUCCCCCUCUGCCUCCGUCCACUCCACCCCUCACCACAGCGAUGCAGAGGAUGAAGAAGAUCACGAGCCCUACGAUGAAGAUGAGGAGGCUGAGAGGGACAGGCUCAACAUCAAGGUUCCCUUUGCCCUGGGAGGGGUACCAGAAGGCAAGAAGAAGCAGUGUGGAGAGUCGGGGAAUUGA